CUGCCGUCUGUAGGGCUCCGCCUGCGGCCGCCGCCGCCCCCUCUCCGCAGCCGACGCGCGCGCGCGCGCGCUCUCCGCAGCCGCUGGGGGUUGGGGGUUGUCUCCGGGGCCAGGGAAGCCCCUGGCAGUCUUGGAGGGACGAGAGCAGCCCGAGCGGUGGCGCGCAGGAUGGGCGGAGAGGUCGCCAAGCCGGUCAGCCCGUUCCCGCCGAGCUGGGCCCCACUCACGGCCGACGGCUUCGCGGCCGCGAGGAAGGGCCUAGAGGCCAUCUCAGACAUGGACACCGCCGCGUUCCUGCAGGCGGUGGCCCCGUCGAGGGUCCUGGAGAAGGAGGCGUGGGACUUCGACGCCUUCAUCCGGGGGAGCGGCACAGGCGGCUCUGCGCAUGGACAGGCGGCUGGGGCGGAAGAUCGACCGGCUGGUGCCGAAGAAGGUGAGCGAGGAUCGGAGUUCUGGCGCAUUUAUCGGGGGCCGGCGGGCUAUUGCCAUGUGUACAAUAUUCUGCACGGGGUCACCCCGCUGAGGACAACGCCCGGACUGACGAAAGCCAUCUUGUUGGCGGCAGACGACACCACAUCGAAUGCCAUAAUAGCAGCCUUCGAGUCCGACGAUCUGUUCAUGUCUUUCUCGAGGAAAGAGAUGGAAGGCAUCCAAGCUCGUGAUGAGGAAGACGACCAGAAGCUCGCCUUGGGGAUUGCAAAGGCAGUCGAGAAGGGCGUGAUCGAGGCCAGCCCCCCCGUGGAGGAAGUGGUGAGCAUUGACGUGCUCGGCAAAUCUGCGGACACGGUGGCCGCAAUCAUUCUCGAGAGGCUCGGAGAUAGUCCCCAGUCAGGGUGUGUCAUGGUUCUCACAGGUCUGAGUGGCACAGGAAAGGGUACCACGGUGGACAAAUUGACCAAAGCGCUUCCCAGAGCGGUUGCAUGGUCAAACGGUAAUAUAUUUCGUUCUUUGACGUUGUUGGCUGUGACACACUGCGAGAGUCAAGGGAUUCCAUUCUCCACAGCUGCUCUCACUCCAGAGUUGUUGCAGGGUUGUGUGAACUGCUUAUCCUUCGGCAAGUUCAACGGGAAGUUCGACACGCACAUCAAGGGCUACGGCUACGACAUGUAUGUGUCCAAUGUCGCCAACACAGUCCUGAAAGAACCGCGCGUUGGCAAACAUAUUCCGACGGUCGCCGAGGUUACGCAGGGCGAGCGGAUCACUUUUGCGGCCGCUGCCGCCGAGGCCAUGCGCUCGGACGGCAUGAACGUGUUGAUGGAGGGCCGGUCUCAAACGCUCGACUACGUGCGAACCUCGCAUCGCGGGGGGCUGACCCUCUCCCAGCCCAUCCUCAUUGGCAUGCGCCGAGCCGCUCAGCGCAUGAACGGGCAGGCUCUUGCGAAGCUCAGAGGCGUGGAGUCACCGUCGUCUGCUGAGGUGAGGUCGGCUCUGCAGGAGGCGCUCUCCGGCAUGGCGUAA